AUGCCCGAAAAGAUCUACAUCUCCCCCGAAACGGCGGAGGCCAUCCGCCGCAAAAUGUCCCAAUACUGCCGCUUCGCUGACGGCCUCGAAUGGGACCGCUUCGACACCAUCAUGCUGCCCACCCUCACCUUUGAGGCCAUCGAGCCGGACGGCACCGUGCUCGUCCAAAACGGUGUUCCGUACCGCUGGGAGUCGCGCGAGGCCUGGGUUACGCACUUCAGCGAAAAGUUCAAGGUCCUGCAGACGAUGCACCUCGUCGACCCGGGCGACCUCGAGCAGGUGGCCGAGGACGAGGUCAAGGCCGUGUUCGGGGUGAUCUGGCACGCGGGCACGCGGGGCACCGAGGCCGGAUUGCAUUCGACGGGCGGGGGGCACUAUUACGAGACGUGGAAGAAGGUUGACGGGGAUUGGUACAUGGCAAGUUGCUCGAUGAAGAGGCUGUACUCGAAGGUCCAGGGGGUUUGA